AUGGAGCAACCUGGACAAAUGACAUCCUCACAGCGUAUUACUCGGUCGUUGGUACAAGCCUAUCUGCGGGACCCUGACGACGGAGAGGAAGAUGUUGUAGAGACCCCAUCAGACAGUGACCUUAUCAACUCCAAAAACUUCGAAGAGCACGCGGUCGCCGUAUGUAAGCCCGUUGACCCCUCAUUCGCUGCCACCAGAGAGUAUCUGAACGAUUUGAUACACGAAGAAUCGUCCUCCUUAGAUUGGUCUCUAGAUUACACAUCUAAUCCCCGUGCGGUUUCUCCUGAUGGCAAUGGUAUAUCGGGCUUAAGUAUAAACACUGGUAUCUUGACGCCUAUCCGUCUUGGCCUAGGUCCCCGUGUCGCAAAAGAAUGUUCGGACGCGCUCCUGUUGCUGUGUAAGAAAGGCGCAGAUGAACAAUCUGAAAGCACGCAGCCAUGCACUUAUCCACAGAUGUUAGAGAAGCUGUUAGCCUUGAGCCACGAAAGCAUGACCCAAAGAUGCGAUGACGAAGCUGACUGUAGCGCCAAGUACGAGGAGCUCCUCGAUGCCCUAAAUCAGCGAAUUCGCGAGUUAGCACAUUUGAUCGAAACUGCAGAAUUCGAGGAAGACCCAAGUGAUGCCCGUGCAGUGCAAGCUGUACGAGCAUACUGCCCCGAGACUGCUGUUUUCGCCGGACAGGACUUGUAUCAUUUGCUCGUCAAUCUGACUGUAAACCACACCAUCGUGAGACCAACCCUCACGGGCGGCGUUGGGGGGCUUCUUUGGGAUACGGUCUUCAAAACAAUGUUGAUGGAGACUCUCUAUAGUUUGGAAAAGAAGUUCCAUGAAGAGAAAAGAUCGUCUUUGAAGACAGAGUCGAACUCUGCACGCGUGGAACGAGAUCCUGGGAAUUCGAACAGGCUGGAGAAGGGUCUGGCCGGCGUAAAUAAGAAGAGCGUACCCAAGGCAGCUACCAUGGUCAUUGAUGAUUUGAAACGCGGGAGGAAGGGACUAUGGAAGAAGGAGCUCGACAGCCUGCAAGAGCUGGCCGCGGCACAAACCGGCCAAAAGUGGCAUUUAAAUCUUCUCCUCGCGCAUCCGCCAUUGCACCUCUUGCAGCAAAUUUGCGAGGAAGCAGAUUUGCGAUUGGUCAAAACACUCCGCAAGCAGAUAGGCGAACUCGAAGAUGAACAAGUGGUGGUCCAUACGAUCGGAGAGGUACUGCAAGGGCUCGGUACGAGAAAUCUGAGGAGAGUGCGGAGGUUUGCAGCAUUGGAUGUACCGGAGGAACGACGUGAUCAGGUGCUUAGGGAGAGGAUGGACAAUCCGUUGACGUCUAUCAUGAUGAUGGGUGUGAUAGGGGAAAACCAGAGUGUGCAGAACACGUCUAAUGUGCUACGUCGGAGGGUCACAGACAUGGAGAAUGUGUUGCAGGAGAUAUUGGAGGCGACUAAGUGUCGAUUCCAGGCGUGUGACGACAUGUACAACUGGCUCGGUUCGGACGAGGCGAUGGAAGACGUGCUCUCUUCGGGCAAUUGAUUUGGUGCUUUUGGAGGUUGUCGACGAUUCCAGUGUAUAUAGAUCUGAAGUUGAGGUAGGAUGUUCAGGAUAGGUACGUACGUGAAUGCA